CCCGACCUGAUCCACUGGAAAAAUGUCUAAACUACAGUUGUUGCGUUUAUUUCUAAAUGAGCGUUUAACGGAGUCUGCUGCUGUGGAGAUUUUCGAAGCAGUUGAGAAAGCGGUAGCGGAGUACCAGGAGGAGAACGAUCGGCUACGGAGGCUGCUGCGGUUCACACCAGAGAUACAACUAUGUAGAAUAGACUCCCUGCAGUUCUCUCUUGCUGUCUCUGAAGAGAAGGUUCCCCCUGAGCAGCAGCACUGUGAGCAGGAGUGGAGCUCCGGUCUGGGGCAGGAGGACCCAGAGCCCACACAGAUCAAAGACGAACAGGAGGAACUCCGGAUCAGUCAAGAGGAAGAGCGGUUUCAAGGUUUGGAGGCUGACAUCACAGAGUUCAAAUUCCCUCCUACCUGUGUGAAAAAUGAAUGUGAUCAGGAGGACCCACUUCAGUCCAUGACUGAACAGACUGUGGAGAACAGAGAGAGUGACUCCAAACCAGUUGAUCUCAAACCUUUUGGGACUGUGACCCACCUAAAGGGUCGCGACAUUCCCUUUGACCCUCCAGAUAGUCAAAACAAUGCCUCCAGUCACAGCUCUGCUACAAGCAGUGACCAAGUAGGACUUAACAGCAGCCCACCAUUGGAUCUAAUUGUGCACAAACUGGCUCACACGGGGGAGAAACUAUUUAGCUGUGGUGACUGUGGGAAAAGCUUCAGUCAAAAGGAACACCUAGGGAACCAUGUACGCAUUCACACAGGAGAGAAACCGUUUAGCUGUGGUGACUGCGGGAAAAGCUUCACUGUCAAGGGGAACCUAACUGUGCACAAACUGGCUCACACUGGAAAGAAACCAUUUAGUUGUGGUGACUGCGGGAAAAGCUUCUAUCAGAGCCAGGAACUAACUGCGCAUAUACGGACUCACACUGGGGAGAAACCGUUUAGCUGUGGUGACUGUGGGAAAAGGUUUUAUCACAAGAUUACUCUAAACCGACACAUUCAGACUCACUCAGGAGAGAAACCGUUUAUCUGUGGUGACUGUGGGAAAAGGUUUUAUCACAAGAUUACUCUAAACAGACACAUUCAGACUCACACAGGAGAGAAACCGUUUAUCUGUGGCGACUGUGGGAAAAGCUUCAGUCAGAAGGAACACCUAGGGAACCAUACACUGACUCACACAGGAGAGAAACCGUUUAGCUGUGGAGACUGUGGGAAAAGCUUCAGGCAGAAGGGGACCUUAAAUACGCAUAAACUGACUCACACGGGAGUGAAAUCAUUUAGCUGUGGAGACUGUGGGAAGAGCUUCAUUCUGAAGGGGUCCCUAAAGAUGCAUAUACAGACUCACACAGGUGUGAAACCAUUUAUAUGUGGAGACUGCGGGAAAGGCUUCUAUCUGAAGGGAGACCUAGGUAAGCAUAUACUGACUCACACAGGUGAGAAACCAUUUAGCUGUGGAGACUGCGGGAAAAGCUUCAGGCAGAAGUCGGCCCUAAAGACGCACACACUGACUCACACUGGAGAGAAGCCAUUUCACUGUGGAGACUGUGGGAAAAGAUUCAGUCAGAAUGGGGCCCUAAAGAAGCAUUUAUUGACUCACACAGGAGUGAAAUCAUUGUAGCUGUGGUGACUGUGGAAAAAGCUAUCAGAAAAGACGCCUAACUGAACAUAUCCAGACUCACCCAGGAGUUAAACAACAUGACUGCUCAGUCUGUGAUAGAACAUUCGUUACGGCUCAUCUGCUGAAGCAUGUUAAUAAUGUCCUCAAAGAAAGAAACCGGGAGGACAAACAUACAGUGGGGCAAAAAAGUAUUUAGUCAGCCACCAAUUGUGCAAGUUCUCCCACUUAAAAAGAUGAGAGAGGCCUGUAAUUUUCAUUAUAGGUACACUUCAACUAUGACAGACAAAAUUAGAAAAAAAAUCACAUUGUAGGAUUUUUUAUGAAUUUAUUUGCAAAUUAUGGUGGAAAAUAUGUAUUUGGUCAAUAACAAAAGUUUAUCUCAAUUCUUUGUUAUGUACCCAUUGUUGGCAAUGACAGAGGUCAAACGUUUUCUGUAAGUCUUCACAAGGUUUUCACACACUGUUGCUGGUAUUUUGACCCAUUCCUCCAUGCAGAUCUCCUCUAGAGGUCUGCAUGGAGGAAUGGGUCAAAAAAUGGCAGAGGUCAUAGCUCCUUGGGAGAGUCUCCAUUGGAAAAAGUCUGUCCUCGACUCCUGUCCUCCUCUCCGUGAACCGGAAACUGAUAAGUGGUCGAGGAGAGUGGUCAUUUGUUAGUAGCCGGACGGAGAAGUGUCAUCCAAAACCCAUUAGAUGAGAAAGCCAGAGGUCCCGCUCCAAUUACCUUCUCCUCCAAUGGGUUUUGAGAAGGAGACAAGGAGUACGCCAUUUGAGAUCUUCCAAUAAGUACCCUUUCAGCAGCUAGUGCGGAAUUCUUUCAGAAUAUGCCACACCCCCUUUGAAUUGGCUGUUUUCUCAAAGGAGAAAAACAUGCACCGGUUUUAAAACGAUACACUACUUAUCCUUUUAUCCAUAAAAUGUCUUGCACAUCCAGCAAAAUUUUGUUUUGAUCACUUUACACAUUUAAUUUGGGAUUCUACCCCUGUAGCGCGAGUGGAGAAGGUUAGUCCUCAUUUCAUAUGAGCGCAUUUCUGUGAAUCCCAAACCAGCCCCUUGCCGCUACCUACUCGUACGGAGGGCCCUCCGUUGUCACGUGUUGCUGACGAAACUCCCGAGGAUGACUUCCAUCGAGUGGCAAGGGGAUCAAUAAACCCAUCGACUUCGGGACACACUAGUGACUUGAAUGAUGCGAUUCAUGUUCCAUAUUUGAAUAAUAAAAUGUACUAGAAAUACUCUUAACAGUUAAACGUAUCAUUUGGGAGGUAUUUCAUAUGUUUUGAGUCAAGCAAUGAAAUCCAACACAAACAAACACACAUUUCCUAUAAUUAGGCAAACUCCAAACAUAUCUUAGUGCGUGUUGGGGAUAGCACUUCACUCUGGAGCCUGCUUGGUUCGAAAUGGCAAUCAGAGGCUCUAAUUAACUGCUACAUCCAGGGCAAAAUUGUUUAACCUCUUGAUGGUGGAGAGAAAUGUACAUUUUAGUACAUGUUAAUUAAUAAUUUCCUGCAAUUCUAAAAAUAAAAAAUAAAUCCAUGGGGUGUAGAUAAAAUAUUGCCGCUUUUAAAGCAAGUUUUCUGUAGGUCUACAUUUUUCCAUGGAGAUUUUGUGUUGCAAUUUUAUACAAUUCUACAUAUUUUGCCAUGGGCAGAGAUACAUUUUUGCAUUUUUUAAAGCUUAUUUCCAGCAAUUCUGCCAUGGCUUAUACCAUGUAAUUAUAUCUGAGUGACCUAACAAAAUCCAUGGGGGCCUGCUGGAGGUCAUGGCCCCCGGGCACUGCAUGUCCGGUCGGUAUUCGACCAUGAUUACUAUAAGUUUACAUAACUGGCUAGACUAACUUACCAAUAAAAGUUUUUUUUUGGGCUGACAAUUGAGUGACUGUCAGUAACUGACAGAACAAGAGAACUGCUGAUGCACAACCAAAUUGCAAAACUUACACCUUGUGUAUUCUACCAUUCUAACUCAACAGUAAGUUAAGACCCUAAGUGACCUUGGAUCGAUCUAGAUGAUAAUUGUCAGUUCCUCAGCUUUGGGACACUUGUGCAAAUGGAGGGCCAAGGAGAAGGGGGUGAUUUGAGAUUCAGCUCGUUUCCUCCACUCCUUUUGACAUUUUUCAAAGUGGAGAGGCGGCGAGCAAAACUAAUUGAGAUUCUCCCCUUGAGGCAAACUUGUUUCUUGUGUUCUACAGAAGGUGCAUGCUUAAGGGUGCGUUUGAACGGUUUUGUGGUGACCACAUAGAGAAAGCAUUCCCAUUAUGGCAUCUGACCGCAUUGAGGCAAUCUCCAUUUUGAAGUCGUGAAUUUUCUCCACAAUUUGCUGAUCCCUCCUGAUGACCCGGUUGGACAUGAUUCCAACAGUUUCAUCAAGAGGGAUCAGCCAGUAAAGUCAGAAGUUCCACCAAGUUGACUACAUUAAAAUGGUGGAACCCCUUAAUGGCGCUGCCCAUGCUAAAACUGCCUUUUGGCCACUCAUUCUCUGAGUGACCGUUGUGAGUCACUGCCUUUUGGCCACUCAUUCUCUGAGUGACCGUUGUGAGUCACUGCCUUUUGGCCACUCAUUCUCUGAGUGACCGUUGUGAGUCACUGCCUUUUGGCCACUCUUUCUCUGAGGGACCGUUGUGAGUCACUGCCUUUUGGCCACUCAUUCACUGAGUGACCGUUGUGAGUCACUGCCUUUUGGCCACUCAUUCUCUGAGGGACCGUUGUGAGUCACUGCCUUUUCAAGGUGUGUUGCCUAAUGUGGAUAAAAAUAGUCCGACCAUCAUAUUGAUGCUUACAAAUAAUGCUUAUGCAUGUUCCAUUUCAUAUGUUUGUCUGAGCAAAAGGAAUGACACAAUUUAUGGUAAGAAUAGGGAAAAACAGAAAUAACAUUCAUAGUCAUACCCAUCAAAUGCAUUUUAUUUAAUCACUUUUGGUUCUCUUCAAACAAAAAACAAACUAUUUACAAUUCUUUAGGUAUGUUCAUUUUUCUGAAUGCAUUUAUGUUACUAAACUCAUUCAAAAAGUUUAAGUGAUGGAAUUGAGCUGACUGGGUGAAACAAGGGAAAAUAUCAUUUGAUAAAUUGGUAAAUUAAUCAUCUCCCCCAGGGGCAUCACAAUGCCAAAACAUCAAUCACUUUUGAACUUCAAGGAUUUAACAGAAAAUCUGAAAUGUCAACAGCUGGAGACUUGACAGACUAACAUAUGAUAACCACCAGUCAUUCAACAACAGACUAGAAUAAUUGGUGGCUACAUUUGAAACACAGCUCCCUGCAAACCAGCAUGCCACUGGCAUCCUUAUCUGACCGAUGGAAUUCAAAUAAUGACAAUACCCUGCUCUCUCUGUCUUCACAAAGUACUUCAGUGACAUUUUAGAUAUUCCCCAAUCUGCACUAACCAAUACCUCAACUGAUCCAAACGGACUGAAUAGAGUGUAUUCAAAACCAACCCAGCUAAAACUUAACUUUCUGAGAACCAUAUGUUUAUUAGUUUCGUGGGAGUCUGGUCGUGUUGAUUUUGCAUAUGACCUUCCCACAACUUUCUGGGAAUGUUGCAGGAUAGUUGCUUGGCUUUGGAACAUUCUCAGCACUUUGUCAAAUGUCAUUACUUUUAACAGAAUGUUUCCUAAAAGUUCAAACAUGGUUACAUUUAAGUUAAGUUUUGGUAAUGUUUUAAGAACAUUCUCCAACUGGUUUGACAUUGGGAAUGUUCUCAUAGUUCAGAGAACGUUAAAGAACGUAAUUCUGUGGGAAUUUCAGUACUUCAGCAUAACGUUUCCUCAUGGUUCUAUUUAAAGUUAAGUUCUCAUUGUUUAAAACGUCCUAUAAAAACUUUAAAUGU